CGCGGAUCCACAGCAUGGCUCUCUAUUCUCCCAUGGCCGGGACCGACUAUUCGUGUCUCUCAUCUACACUUGUUCCGCUUCGAUUAUAGAGUAAAUCGCUGGGGUGAAUCUAUUCUCGUGAUCUCAACCCCAGUGACGGAGGGCAUCGCCCGACGAAACCAUAUGGUUAUCCAUACUUGCAGAUAAGCGGAAGGACGGCAAAGUGCUGAUUUACUCGAUGCCAUGACUGUGUCCCAAGUCCCGGGCGCACGAUUGUCAUCUCCAUCGCCUGUUCUCUUUCCUGUCUGCAAUGUCGCCUACUGCCACGAUCGUGCACGACGGACAUGAAAGUUCUGCGACGGAGAAGGAUACGACGGCGUCCCGCGGCUCAACCAGCACGCCCCCCGGUGAUACGAGCACACCUGCAACGUCGGGGAAGAGCCGCGCAUUCUAUAUGAGCUUUAUGGCGAUCAUGGUCACGACGUUCCUGAGUGCACUGGAUCUGACUGCAGUUGGGACGGCGCUUCCGACUAUAGCAGCGGCGCUGAAGGACACCAAGGGUGAAUUCACAUGGGUCGGGUCCGCCUACGCGCUGAGCAGCACGGCGUUUAUCCCGCUCAGUGGGAGUAUGGCCGACGCAUUUGGCAGGAGGCCCGUCCUGUUGAUUUGUAUCGCGCUCUUCGCGAUCGGAAGCGCGUUGGCCGGCGCAGCCCAGAACAUGUCGAUGAUGAUCGCAGCCAGGACUAUCCAAGGAAUCGGCGGCGGCGGAAUCCUCAAUCUAACUGAGAUUUUGAUCGCAGACCUGGUCCCUCUGGCUGAGCGGGGACUGUAUCAAGGUCUAGUUGGUUUGAUGUGGUCUUUGGCAUCUAGUAUCGGGCCUCCCAUCGGUGGUGCAUUGGCCAGUAGAGGAAACAAAGCCUGGCGUUGGCUCUUUUUCCUCAAUCUUCCUCUGACCGGCCUCGCUUUCCUUCUGGUCACGAUCUACCUUAACGUCAAGACUCCACCCGGCACUGUGAAGGAAAAACUAGCGAAGGUGGACUGGCUUGGCAAUGCGAUGGUCAUUCUCGGCUCCGGCCUGGUGAUCAUUGGGCUUACCUGGGGUGGAAUCCGGUACCCCUGGAGCUCCGCGCCAGUUCUGGUGACUUUGAUUCUGGGGGUGCUGUUCCUAUUCGCGUUCGGGGUCUAUGAAGCAACAGUGCCUGAGAGACCGACUAUCCCGCUUGAUGUCAUCGGCAAUCGCACCUCUUUGAGCGGGCUACUAACCACUGCGGCUCACGGGAUUGCGAGCUUGGCCAUCAUCUACUAUCUGCCCGUUUUCUUUCAAGCAUGCUUCGGUGCCUCGCCUAUCCGGUCUGCGGUGGACUUUCUCCCCGGUGCCCUUCUCACUGCUCCCUUCGCACUGAUUGCCGGUCUCCUGAUCAUGGCUGGAAAGCGAUACAGAGAAGUGAACUGGAUUGGAUGGAUUUUCAUGAUCAUCGCAUUUGGCUUGAUCAGCACAUUGGAGGCCACUGCUUCUACGGGACAGUGGGUCGGGUUCCAAGUCGUUGGGGCCAUCGGCACUGGAUUAAUCUUCUCUGCUCCCGUGUUCCCCAUUCUCGCACCACUCAAUCCUGACCGAGCGGGUUCUGCGCUGGCGCUCUUCAGCUUCACCCGGUCGUUUUUCCAGACAUGGGGCAUUGCAAUUGCCGGCUCGAUCUUACAGAAUGAACUGAGUCGUAAUCUCCCGCCGGCUUUCGUAGCCCAGUUCCCACCCCACUACGAAAUCGCAUAUGCAGCGAUCCCUGCGAUCGAUCUCCUCGAUCAACCACUCAAAUCAGAGGUCCAAGCGGCCUUUGCCUCCAGUAUGAGCGUGAUCUGGCAGGUCAUGAUCGGCAUAUGUGGGCUUGGUUUCCUGCUCAGUUUGCUGAUGAAAGAAGUACCGAUGAGUAUGGAUGUGGACGACAGUUAUGCCCUUGAAGAGGAGAAGGUUUCAGACAUAGAGAAGCUAUAGAGUUCCGCUGGAUGGUUAGUGCAAUCACCAAAUUGUAUCAUCACACCACUUUUCGCAGUCUCGAGCUCGAUUAUGAUUUUGUGAAUUUAACGAAUGAUA